AUGGUCGAUUCAUCUCAGGACAAUAAAUCGAAACUAGCCAAUAAUGCUAACAGAUCAGUACUUUCUUUGACAUCCCCUGCCAAGUUAAACAUUAUAUCUUCCUCAGCAUGGUCAAGAGCAGGUUCUGAUAGUAAAAUUACCAAGAAACCAUUAAGACGUGCCACUUCAUUAAAUGCAAAUCCAACUAGACCAUCAGUCUAUGCAAGACCAAAGCUGAAUAUUGGAGCACCAGCGAUGGUAAGGCGAAAUUCUAGUUUUUUCAAAGAUGAUGAAAGGCCCAAUUCACAACAACAAGAUGGCGAAGAAUCUCACGCUGAUAGGUUUAUCCCCACACUACAGGGAAAUUCACAAAAUAAGGUAGAUCCACUAGCAUUGGAAGAAGAGCUGCCGCCGCCAAAUGCAUCACCUACAACCCAUUUAAGGGCACAGACUAAGAUGGUUUUCAAACAAACGGUUGCAGAAGCAUGUGGUCUUGAUAUGAAUCAAAAGAUUUUACAAUAUAUGCCACAGCCGCCAGUUGCAUCUUUUAAACGUCAGAGUUACAGCAUGAAGAGAAGGACACAUUACAAUUAUCAACAGCAUUCACAACAACAGCAACAGUCACAGCAUGAAUUAAUGAAAUUGAGGAAAAUUAAUACAAAUCCAGAAAGAAUCUUGGAUGCACCCGGUUUCCAAGACGAUUUUUAUUUGAACUUAUUGAGUUGGUCACAAAAAAAUGUACUUGCCAUUGCCCUAGAAAGUGCAUUGUACCUUUGGAAUGGUAGUUCAGGUGAUGUAACCAUGCUUGUAGAUUAUGAGACUACGAUGAUUUCUUCAGUAAUUUGGUCUGAUGAUGAUUGUCACAUUUCCAUUGGAAAAGAUGAUGGUAAUACCGAAAUUUGGGAUGUGGAAACCAUGUCAUUAGUCAGGACAAUGAGAUCUGGUUUAGGUGUUAGGAUUGGUUCACAAUCCUGGUUAGAAACGUUAGUGGCUACAGGUGCACGUAGUGGUGAAAUUCAAAUUAACGACGUUAGAAUUAGACAACAUGUAGUUUCCACAUGGGAUGAGCAUAGUGGUGAAGUAUGCGGACUUUCAUAUAAAAAUGAUGGAUUACAAUUAGCAUCAGGAGGUAACGAUAAUACAGUAAUGAUUUGGGAUACAAGAGUUUCCAUGCCACAGUGGAUCAAAAGAUCACAUACAGCCGCCGUUAAAGCCAUUAGCUGGUGCCCCUACGUUAACAAUUUACUGGCAACAGGAGGUGGUCAAACCGACAAACAUAUUCAUUUUUGGAAUACCACUACAGGAGCUAAAGUGUCGUCAAUAAGUACAGGUUCACAAGUAUCAUCAUUACACUGGGGUCAAAGCUAUUCACAAACCGGAUCUUCAUCAAUGAACAGAGAGAUUGUUGCCACAGGUGGUAACCCAGGUAAUGCAGUUUCAGUUUACAAUUACGAUACGAAAUUCAAAGUAGCGGAGAUCGUAAAUGCUCAUGAAUCACGUAUUUGUUGUUCACAACUGUCACCAGACGGUACAACAGUAGCUACUGUUGGUGGUGAUGAGAAUUUGAAAUUUUACAAAGUCUUUGAACCAAGAAGAAGGGCUAAAAAAUCAAAAGCUGCGGCUGAAGACGUCAUUAGUUUGUUUGGACGCAGUUCAUCAACUCUUGACGAUGAACGUCACUUGGUAGUCCACGAGGAUGAAUGUGACGAUACAUCUUCAACCGCCAAAAGAAGGACCAGUGAAUUUUUAAUCAGAUAA